GCUCGCGUUUGUAGUUUGUUAACAACCAAUGAUUACUUUCAAUAAUUCGAACGCAUUUUAUAAACAAAACAAACAAUUUUCCAAAUUCAAUUCGAACAAAAACAACAAACAGCACAAAGUGUAAACCUUGUCAACGUUGUCAUUUAAACAAAAUUUAUGUGUUACAAAAUAACAAUUCAUGUUGUUUUGUUGUAAAUGCUUCUUUCACCUCCCGCUCUAGUCAGGCCCGCUGCGUACUGUGUUAGCGCUCAAUAGUCGUCAUCUGCUACGAACGUCGGCAUUUUAUCAGGCCUGAUCGCGCAUUCUAAAGUGAAAGAUAAACCAACGAAACUGACCUAAACUCACCUCAAAACUCAACUCAACUCGCUCUUUCCGUUGCUACCACCGGCGUAAGCGUCUGCUUUCAUUGCCAAGCGUUGGUCAUAACCUGCCGCUGCUGUCCAGCGUGUUUGAUUUAUUGCCUCCGAAACAUUUAAUUGCAUAUUAAAUAAAUUAUUUGCCCCAAAUCGCUUUAAUUGUGUUCAGAACCGAGGCGAGAAUGAAAAGAGUGAAGUUGUGUAUUUUAAUCAAAAAUUAAAAAAACUAAAAUUUUGUGAUUUAAAAACUACUCUAAAGCAAUUAAGAACGUGAAAGAAAUAAUUGAACAAAUGUGGAGGAGAAUGUUAUAACUGCAAUUGAUAAACUCCCCACUUACAUAUUCUAAUAUAAAUAGAAACAAGUUAGCAUUACGGUUUAGUAUCAAGAUUUAAUCAUUUAAAAAUGGAUCCUGAUUGUUUUGCAAUGUCGUCAUAUCAGUUUGUUAACUCGUUAGCAUCAUGUUAUCCGCAACAAAUGAAUGCCCAGCAAAAUCAUGGCGGCAACCCAAGUAGUAGUACAAACACAUCUGCUAACGGUGGUCCUGGCACUGGCGGUGGUGGCGGUUCGAGUGGUGCUCAGGGAAAUUCUGGUGCUGCCACACCUGGAAAUAAUGACUACUUUCCAGCUGCAGCCGCAUAUACACCAAACCUAUAUCCAAAUACGCCACAAGCUCACUAUGCCAACCAGUCAGCUUAUAGUUUAGGUGGUGCAAGCGGCGGAGCACAACCAAAUCCUGAUAUGGUUGACUACACACAAUUACAGCCGCAGCGUUUAUUACUACAGCAACAACAACAUGCACACGCGACGGCUCAACAUGCAGCUACGCAACAACACCCCCAACAACACCCGCAACAGCAACAACAGCAACAAACAAACAUAAGUUGUAAAUAUGCCAAUGAUCCUUCAACACCCACCGGUAAUAAUAAUAACAACACAGCUAAUAAUAAUAAUAAUCCAUCGCUUGCAAGUCCACAGGACUUAUCGACGAGGGAAAUAUCACCCAAACUGUCACCCAGUUCGGUGGUUGAAAGUGUGGCAAGAUCAUUGAAUAAGGGGGUACUUGGUGGUAGCCUAGCAGCAGCAGCUGCAAGUCUUAAUAAUAAUCAUAGCAACAAUGUAAACGUUCCAAUGCAUAGUCCUGUCGGCGGAGAAUCGGAUUCAGAAAGUGACAGCGGCAAUGAGGCUGGAAGUAGUCAAAAUAGUGGAAAUGGCAAAAAGAAUCCACCUCAAAUAUAUCCAUGGAUGAAGAGAGUACAUCUCGGACAAAGUAAGUACUCUUGA